AAAUACUGUCAUUCAGAUCGUUUAUUUUCUGUAGCAGCRCUUGUCACUACAGUAUACACUACUAUUGUGGUAGGAUUUAUUUUGAAUACAAUAUAUAUUUUAUUCGGACAAAAGAAAUGGAUCGUUGGAUUGACAGAGUUGUCUUGGUGACAGGAGCUAGUUCAGGGAUCGGAAAGUCAAUCGUGGUUGAACUGUCAAAAUACCCUUUGAAAAUCGUCGCUGUGGCUCGGAGAAUCAACUUGAUACAAGAACUUUCCGACAAGUUGCAGUCAUCUGUGGCUAAAAUCUACCCAGUUCAAUGUGAUUUGACUCAAGAAUCGGAAAUAUUGAAUGUGUUCAAGUGGAUCGAUACCACCAUCGGCCAAGGAGUGUCUAUUAUGAUCAAUAACGSCGGCACAAUGAUUAAAAGCAAAAUGUUAGACGGUGAAACAAACGACUGGAGAUAUCUGUUCGACCUCAACGUUAUAGCAGUAACUACCUGCUGUAGAGAAUCAUACAAAUCGAUGAAUAAAUAUGGUAUUUUAGAUGGACACAUCAUAAAUAUAAACAGCACCGCUGGGUACACAAUGCUAGCAGCCUCAGGACAGAAAGUGUAUAAUUCGUCGAAAACUGCACUUACGAAUUUGACUGAAGGACUUAGACACGAACUUGCUUAUGCUGGGUCGAAAAUCAAAGUAACUAGUAUUAAUCCCGGAAAAGUAAGCUCUGAAUCAGUCGAAUGUGAUGGAGGAAAUAAAACAUCUAUUUUAUCAUUGAAGCCUGAAAGAGUAGCGUCCAUGGUGAUCAUAGCAUUAACUCAACCGACAGAUGUUGUGAUAGGCGAGUUGACCGUUCUGUCUGUGGGCGAAACCUUGCAAACGUAUCCUCCACCCAUCAUAACCUUAAAGUAAUACUCAACAUAAUAAUUAUUUUUUAACAUAAAAUCUACGACUUUGACAAACACGUGUGUACAUAUAAAUAUAAUAUAAUAUAAUAUUAUUAUGUUGGUUGUGAAUUGUGUACCAUAAUUACAAUAUUGAGUUUAAAAAUGUUAAUCGAUUUUGACUCUAAGAUAGUAAGAUGUGAUAUAUCAUAUAUAUAUCGA